AUGGGAAUUAAAUAUUUCCUCAAUACAUGCCUCAGCCACAAUACUCGGAAGGGUGCUGGCUUAUACCGGACCCUGGCCCGCCGGUAUGAACGCGCAUGUAAGAAAUACCCUGAACUGUCGAAGUACGAUGUCGCCUUGCAGGCGACAUUGAAGGGCAUCAGGGAUGGCGUCCACCCUGGAAAGGACGGGACGGAUGAGUCAUCUUCCCUGCCUUUUGAUUCCCUGACACAGGCGACGACCUGCCUUCUCGACACCAACGACCAUGCCGCCCAGGAGAUUUUGGCCUACAAGGAGGACAUACGGAGCAACGACCAACUCUACGCCAUCGUGAAGGAGUAUUUGGACCUCAGCUGCAAGACGUUGGACUUCUUACUUGAUUUGCAACGCCGCCUCAAUGAGUUGAGGGAAAAACUAGCGAUGCUCUGUUCCUCCUUCCAGCAUCCUACCUCCACAGAGACGAAGGCGUUGUUGGCGCUUGAGGAAUUUAAAGACUGCGAAGGCUUCACUGCCGACUUUCUUUUGUCACUGAUGAACGUAAUCACGGCACACACCUCCUUUCUCGGGAAGCUGAAGGGAUGGAAAGACAAAUCGGAGAAGAGAAUCCACAUCCUACGGAGGCGACGCAAGAUGAUCUACAUCAUAUUCGUGACCGUCUUCGUGUGUGCUGUGGUAUGCUCGAUUCUCGCGGCUGCUCUCCAUGCCCCGCCAUUACUGGCAGCGCUUCCUACAGCUGCCCUUUCUUUGACCAGUUGGGGUCCGCUGACCUCAUGGGUGGAAAACCUGUGGAAAGGGCAAGAGGGCAAUUUGCAGGCGGGCGUGCAGAUUGCGGAGAGGAUGAAUAGGAGCAACUCUGUUGUGAUACAUGAAUUGAGGGGCAUCAAACUCUCCGUGAAGGCAUUGAUGGACCACAAGGCAAUUUUAGAAAGCAACACAGACUUCACCAUUAGGACAAGUUAUGACACCACUCUUCUUAACGAUUUGAAGCCAAUCUUGGAGAGAUCGAGCCGUCUGAUUGAGAGAAUGGAUAAGUUGGACGAACAAGUAAGUACAUGCUGCUCCGGCAUUGAGAAUAGGAGGAGUGAGAUAUUGGAGAGGAUCAAAAAUGGUACCGAGCCUCAAGAAGCUGAGACGGGUACUUCUGUAUGUUGCUGUCGUAUGUAA